AUGCCCGAGCCGCCGCCGAGGGCCGCUGAGCGUGACCUCUACCGCGACACGUGGGUGCGGUACCUGGGUUAUGCCAAUGAGGUGGGGGAGGCCUUCCGCUCGCUGGUGCCUGCAGCAGUGGUGUGGCUGAGCUAUGGUGUAUCUAGCUCCUAUGUGCUAGCAGAUGCUGUGGACAAGGGCAAGAAGGCGGGAGAUGUGUCAAGCCCUGAAGCAGGCCGUAGCACCAGGGUGACCCUGGCGGUGGUAGACACCUUUGUGUGGCAGGCUCUGGCCUCUGUGGCCAUCCCAGGUUUCACUGUCAACCGUGUGUGUGCAGCCUCCCUCUAUGUCCUGGGCACCACCACCCGCUGGCCUCUGGCUGUCCGAAAGUGGACUACCACUGCACUGGGGCUGCUGAUUAUCCCUGUCAUCGUCCAUCCCAUUGACAGGUCUGUGGACUUCCUCAUGGACUCCAGCCUGCGCAAGCUCUACCCAUCAGUGGAGAAGCCCAGCUCCUCCUGA